GUCAUUCUUUCUGUCCUCUUCCUUUAACUGUACCUCAAUAGCAACCAUGGAGUGUAUUCAAGUGACGCUUACUGUUAGAGGAACUACAUCGCUUGGUGAAGAACGACACGUAAAGACACCAGUAUUAGUGAAGUGAUCGCAGUAGUUGGAAGCUGCGAGACUCUCGGCAGUUGGUGUUAUCAGAAAGCUCUGCCUCUACAACCCGCAGAGGAGGAUAGCAAUCUAUGGAAAAGGACCAUCACAGUUUCAAAGGGAGUACAAAUCAGCUAUCGCUAUUUUAAGGGGUUCUUCCUGGAAUCAAAGGUGAGAGCUUUUCUAAACCACAUUUGAACACUUAAGUACUCCUUACUAGACCUGUACUAGACUAUUUUAGACUAUUUUUGUUUGUUUUAAGUAUUAAAUUUCAAACUAAAUAUACUGAUGAUUUUGCUUAUAAUUUUAGAACAUUUGAAUGUAAUUGUAGUUCUGACAGUACAUGUAAAUAGGAUUUGCAUGCCUAACCGUUUUGUUUCUUUCGUCAGCAAAAAAAAACACUAUCUUUCUUUCUCUGUGAAUGUAAUUUUUUGUAUGAUUCAUCAGUACCUUUUCAUAACCGAAACACGUCAGUCUUGGUGGGAGGAGUGGUGCUACUAGGUGUUUACUUUUGGGGAGCUGAUAACUGGCUCUUUAUAGUUUGCUUUUAUUGAAAAUGACAUACAGGCUCUCUGAACACUCCACGCAGUUUUUUAAAACAUCUAUUUAGCUUUGGUUUUUAUAUGUAGGACCACAUUUUAUGCACCAAGGGUACACAUGCAUAGGAUUCUAUCAUUUUUCUUUUCUGUUUAUUACACAUGAGUAUGGAUAAUUAUGCUUGUUUAAUUGUACAGCCCUGUUACUGAAUGAUGCAGGCUCUAGAUUGCUUCCGAGUUAGAUAUAAUUUUUUCAACCCAAUUCCACUGAAUAACUAACAGUUAAUAAAGUUAGUAUUGCUAAUUUAGAAGUGUUAACUUUUCUCUAAGGUGUAGCUUAUGGUGAUUUGUAGACAGUGUUAAAGCUACAGCAUGUAAGAUUUGGGAUUUUCACCCUCUCCCGUAAAAUAAUGAUAUUUCAAGCUACUUGUAGAAGCAGUUUGUAACAUGGGUUGUGCUGCAUGAUUCUCCACUGGACAGAAUACUCUGUAGGCUGUGACAGGCAAAUUAUACACAUUUAACUAGUAUAGACAGCUUUGUUGCCCUGACAUAGUGUACUGUAGUAGUAUGUGGUUUGAGAUGUGAACCGAAACAAGAGCUUGUCUUUUAGCUAACGCGCUAACAUUAGACAGCUAAUUCGAUAACACUGGCUUUCCUCGACCCAGUUCUGUUUGUUACUGUGUUACUUCCAUGUGUGUACAACUGUGUUACUUCUUUGAGAUCAUUAUACAGCACAAAGCCGAUAGUAGUAAUCUAGCUGGCCAACACUGGUGCACUAGCUCUGAAACACAACUCCUUGUGUGAAGGAAUUAUGAUGCGUCAGUGCACUGUAUGUGCAUGCCUACCUGGCUCUGUGUCAUUAAGGUCAAUUUAUUGUGAGAUGCCUAACUCAACACAGAGAAGCCUUUCCCUUUCAAUUGUAUUAAGGCGUACUGAAAAUCUGGGGGUGGGCCUUUGGCCGUACAUCUUUCAGACAUGAUUAGUUUGGACAUACUUAGUCUGAGCUGGUGUAAGAAGCAUGUUUUCCCACCAAAUCGAAUUUGACAGCUCUGAAUUCCUGUAUGUUUGUAUUAUAGAAGUCCAAUGGCAAUUAGGGCUGCAUGAUUAUUGCCAAAAUGAUAAUCACGAUUAUUUUGAUCAAUAUUGAGUUCACGAUUAUUUAUCGUGAUUAUUCAUUGAUUUUAGGGACAACAUAUUUUUCUUGCACUUUCACAUUUAAAUAAGCAGAACGCUGCUUUCACCUCCAUGUUGUGCUACAUUCCUGCUAAUGUACAAAUCUUUGCAUCAAAUUAGACUGGUCCUUAAAGUGCAUCAUAUAUAUAAUAAAAAAUAUAAAUACAGUUGUACCCAAAAUGUAGGAUGAGUAAAAAUAAAAGUACCAUCAACCAAAUAAAAACAAUUCAGGCGUAAGCAGAAAAGCCAAUACAGUAGGAGAGACGCAGACAAAUCAACCAAUAGAGUGGCGCAGGGAUGACGUCGUUUUACACCGCAACCCGGAAGUGUGACUAUGGUGAUUGGCUGUAAGGUUAGGAAGUGCUUGAUAUGCAGCAGAGUUUUCUAUGACCGGAGGAUGAACUUUAAACGUCAGUAUCGCAGUCGAUCAUGUUCAUGUAAUCGUGGGCAGUCAAAAUCAUAAUCGAGACCAAUAUUCGAUUAAUUGUGCAGCCCUAAUGGCAAUUCACAGAAACUCAGGAACAUGUUGUUGUAGCAUAUCUCCCCUGAUACAGUAAUGCUACUGUUUUCAUUUUUAACCAAGAAAUCCUACGCACUGUAGCUUUAAAUGUUAGUACUGUUUUGAAUAAUCUUCCCAUUGUUGAAGUCAGAUCAGUUUCUCUUUUCAGACUGGUAAGUAUAAUAAUGUCUAGAUUUCUUCAGUAAGACAGAAAUAUGAUUCAGAUUGUCAAAGUAGUUGUGUAGCCUUGUAAUGCCAAUGUAUUUCUUUUGACUAAUGAAUCCACUUUUCAGAUGUCAACCAACAGUGACUGGGUGGCUGAGAGAGUGAAUGCAGUUGGUCCAUGUCAAGUCAUAGUCAAUAAUUGGGAGACCCAUCAGCAGCCUCGGUCAUUGAGUUCCUCAGAAGUGGACCAUGAAAUUGAUGAUGGGCAGUUUGGAUUCUGUAUGAGGUGUUGCCAUGCAGACGGUGCUGAAUAUGUGGAUUCUGGCUGGUUAACGUGUCAGACAGAGAUCCGUCUACGUCUCCAUCACUCUGUUAAGCCACCAGUGUCCAUUACCAAGAAGGAAUUCAAGACAUCUCGCUUUAGAUUGAAAUUGAUGCUGGCGGGUAUUGAAGAGGAAGAUGAGGAGGAGAGCCCUUCGUCCAGGCACAAGAUGACUACCACACUAGAGAUUAGUAUGAUCAGUGAUGGUGGCUAUAAGUCCCGUCAUACCCAGCCAGAGUGUGGCUACGCCCUGGAGCCAGCGCAGUGGACUGAAUACAGUAUUCAUACUAUGGAGCCUGACAACCUUGAGCUCGUGUUUGAGUUUUUUGAGGAGGACCUAAGUAAAAAAGUCGUUCAGGGUGACAUCCACCCAGGUCAUGUUGGCAUCGCCUGCCUCUUAUCAUCUUCCUUUCUGGAAAGUGGCAAGGAUAAUGGAGUGGUUACUCUCCCAAUCAUGAGCAGAAAUUCCAGGCAGACCAUUGGCAAAGUCAGAGUGGACUACCUGGUUAUUCGGCCUAUUCAAGGCUUUAUUUGUGACAUGAACCAGUGUUACACUAAGUACUGGAGAAAGGGGAGUGCUCUGGAUGUGGGCCACAGAGGAGCAGGGAGCACACAUGCUGCCAAACAUCACAAGAUCAGGGAAAACACAAUUGCCUCAUUUCUAAGUGCUGCUAAUCAUGGUGCUGCCUAUGUGGAGUUUGAUGUCCAUCUGUCCAAGGACUUGGUUCCAAUCGUGUACCAUGAUCUUACAUGCUGUAUUUCCACAAAGAAGAAAAAUGACAAGAAUUCUAUGGUGUUGUUUGAAGUUCCUGUGAAAGAUCUGACAUUUGAUCAGCUUCAGCUUCUUAAACUUGCCCACUCUACAGCUAUGAAGGUGCAUGAUCACAAAGAUUUACAGGAUGAAGAGGAGUAUGUAGAUGAACAUCAACCAUUUCCUUCACUUUCUCAGAUCUUUCAGACCGUUCCGGACUCUGUAGGAUUUAAUAUUGAACUGAAGUGGAUAGCCCAGAUGAAGGAUGGCUCCUGGGAUGGAAACUUGUCCACUUACUUCAACAUGAACCAGUUCCUGGAUGUCAUCCUCACGUGUGUGCUCCAGAAUGCUGGAAAGAGAAGGAUUGUCUUCUCUUGCUUUGACCCUGAUGUGUGUGCGAUGGUGCGGCGGAAGCAGAACAAAUAUCCCAUCCUGUUCCUGACUCAGGGUGUGUCUAUGGUCUACCCUCAGUUGAUGGAUAUACGCUGUCAGACUACACAGAUUGCCAUGAGCUUUGCUCAGAGCGAGAACAUCCUGGGUAUCAGUGCUCACACUGAGGAUCUGCUACGCAACAUGGACUGCAUUACAGAAGCCCAGUCUAAAGGCCUGGUGGUAUUCUGCUGGGGAGAUGACAACAAUGAGCAUGAGAACAGGAAGUUGCUCAGGGAGAAAGGCAUCGAUGGCCUCAUUUAUGACAGAAUCUGUGAAGCCCAGAUUGAGCAGCCUAACAUCUUUAAAGUAGAAGAGAAAGUGUCUAUAAAAGAGGUGAUUCCUGAGGAGACGCUGAAGAGUUGUGCCUGCUCCACAUACAGUAUUUCCUGCACAGCUGUGCCUUGCUCAGGUGAGGUUCGAGGAGGCAGCGGCGUGUCGGACACGGGCCUCAGCUCAUCAUGAACUCAACAAAUUCCAGGCUUUUAUAGCACAGUACAAAUCACCUACAAACACACACACUGAAUGCACCUUCUCCCUGGGUGGUUUUCACCUAAGCAAUGUUUUUUGCCAAAUGAUAACUGAUAUAAUGGUAUAUGCUUGAUCACUUUAAAAUAUAUAUUAAAGAAAAGACUCCGUAUACUUCGUGUCCACAUGGGCAUUCCUGAUGUAUUUACUCAAUGUGUUGUAAGUGCUUUUUAAAUGUAUUAUAGUAGCAUUGCCUUGUGAUUUUUAUUUUUUUCCUUUAGUAUAAUCCACCCACACACGGUGGCUUAGUGGUCAGCACGUUCGCCAGCACACCUCCAGGGUCAGGGGUUCGAUUCCCACCGUGGCCCUGUGUGUGCGGAGUUUGCAUGUUCUCCCGUGCUGCGGGGGUUUCCUCCGGGUACUCCGGUUUCCUUCCAAAGUCCAAAGACAUGCAUGGCAGGCUGUUUGGCAUGUCUAAAGUGUCCGUAGUGUAUGAAUGGGUGUGUGAAUGUGUGUGAUUGUGCCCUGCGAUGGAUUGGCACCUUGUCCAGGGUGUACCCUGCCUUGUGCCCGAUGCUCCCUGGGAUAGGCUCCAGGUUUCCCCGUGACCCUGAAAAGGAUAAGCGGUAUAGAAGAUGGAUGGAUAAUCCCCCCAUAACAGCUAUUGUUGCCAUACCUGAUUUUAUUCUCCAUAAGCUGCUUCAUUCCUCUGUAUUUUAAAUAUUUAACAUUGUUUACUAGAACCUGCUGAUUGUCACAUUUUCAACUUGUACAGCUUACUAAAACUCUUUGUCCUUUUACAUAUUGCAGAAUUACUGUUAAACUUCAAAAUUAAGUGUGCAACAGUAGUAUACUGUAUAAAUCUAAUCAAAACUGUGAUUUGAAAUGUUCAAGUAAAAAGAAUGCUGCACAUAAUGCACAAAGCAUGUCAAUGGGCAGAAGAAAAGUAGUAAGGCUAAUGUUGAUGAAUCCCAUAAACUAAAAGUAAACACUACGCUGCAAUUCUAUAUAUCUGCUGAAUGUUAGCAUGACUGUGUGUCUGCGCUGGAAGUGUUCUGUCUAAGUAGGGGCAUUAAUAUUUCUCCCACUCUGCAGAGCAAUGGGGCUGUGCUCCAUAUGUCUUAAACAUGCUCAAAACACUGAGCUCACAGUGUGAUGGCACUUGGAUUUGAAUGAAUUUCAUAAUAAUAAUUUCUUAAAAUAAAGUUAUUUAAGAGAGGUUAUUUCUGUGUGUAGGGUUUUUUAGUGUUCAUAGGACUGUCUAUGCUGAAUUUCGGAAAUGUCUUACUUUUGGAGGCAUUAUAUUUUUCAUGCAUCAAUGAUCUGGUCCUAGCUGUUUUAUGUGUUUAUGGAAGGAAGUCAAGGACCCCCACUAAUUAACAGUGUUAUUUGAUUGUUUGCUACUGUGCAGGUUUACCUGCUUCUCCACCUGAACUGCAUCACACAGCUGGUACCCAGUGCAAACUGUACACACAAACCCACAAAUAUGAAGUGUUUUAUACUGUCCCCUCCAUUAACAUUGGCACCCUUGGUAAAUAUGAGCAAAGAAGGCACUGAAAAUGUGUCUAUUGUUUUAGAAUGAUAUAAAUAGUUAUAUUUUACAAAUAUGUUUUUUUUAAUAAACUUGUGUUUUGUUUGCAGCUGUUUGAUAUCCAUCAGAACAGUGUUUUUGUGAAUUUUUAUGAACAAAAGAUCAAAAAGCUAAACAAUAAAGACAAUUGUUCACAGCCUUCUUUGCUCAUAUUUAAUAAGGGUGCCAAUAUUAGAGCACUGUAUUUACAAGAGUUAACUUUGCUUUAAAUCGUUUCACAGUUUUUGAGCCACAUAUUGAAAACUUGGGCGUGUGUGCACAUGCUUAAGUUGAUAUUUCCAUAUGGUCUUUGAAAACCAACCCAGCAACUCCUGGUUAUUUGCUGGAGUUCCUGAGAGUGAAUGCUUUAAGCAAAUAAAAACCUUUGCAGGAACACGAUAAGCUCCUUUUGUGUGUUUGUGUUCAAUCUGCAGGAACCACCCUAUUGUUCUCUUUUUAUAGUUUGUUUUCAUUUCCAGCACUAAUCGCAAACAUCGGAGGCAAACAUCGGAGUUUGUACUUCUGGGAAGCAUGGUUAAUGUGAUUUGUUUUGUCUGAGAUUAGUUGUAGUCAGCAGUUCUGGCCCGUUUAGCUCCAGGCUCGACGUGAGAAGCUAUAUAUUGCCAUCUGCUGUGGAAUAACGCCAGUGCACCUUAUUCGUUUGUUUGUUUAUUUAUUUCGGCCUUAUUCCAGUGCAAGUAAGAAUGCAUCACUUAUUUGAUGUGUGGGGGGGAAAGUGCCUAGAUUUUCAUAUUUGUAUAUUUGUAUCCCUUAUUCUAUAUGCACUACCUUAUUGGUACUUAUUGUAUUUAAUUGAAAUUGUAUUGUAUUAUGCUGUACUUAUUAUAUUGUAUUGUGACUGUACUUAAUGUACCUGGCUGCGAAGACAUCUUAAUUUCCCCGCCAGGGAUUAAUAAAGUCAACUAUCUAGCUAUCUAUAUGCAACAUUAAAUAUGGUUAUAUCCUUAAUUAAAACUUGGUAUUUACUCCUGUCA